GUAAUCUCGCGAUAUUACGGUGUUGAAAUCCCGGGACCUGUUGCUUUGUGUGGAGUGUAGCUGGAGAACGUAGGGCAGAUCUGCAGAGGAACAGCGAGCAGCUUCACAUCAUACAGUUUUAUCUCCAGUUCUAAUCCUCACAGUCAUGUCCACUCUGAGCGGUAAAGUCCAGACGGUUCUGGGUCUGGUGGAACCGGACCAGCUUGGUCGCACCCUGACUCACGAGCACCUGAGCAUGUCCUAUGAGUGUUGCUUCUUCCCCCCACCCGCGGGCGACGAGGCCAUGGCCACGGCUCCCUUCGAGAUGAAGAACAUGCACUGGCUCCAGCAGAACCCCUACAGCCACCGGGAGAACCUGCUGCUGGCCCAGGAGAACGAGGCGGUGAAGGAGGAGCUGCUGAGCUUUAAGAAGGCUGGAGGAGGAACCAUAGUGGAGAACACCACCACGGGCAUCACCCGGAACCUGCCCGCGCUGCGCCAGCUCUCCAAGGAUACGGGGGUCCACAUCGUGGCGGGGGCGGGGUACUACGUGGACGUUACACACUCGGCCGAGACGAGGAACAUGACGGUGGAGAAGCUCGCUGACGUCAUUGUGAGCGAGGUGCUGCACGGGGCGGAUGGCACCGACAUUCGCUGUGGCGUGAUUGGAGAGAUCGGCACCAGCUGGCCAAUCACAGACAGCGAGAAAAAGGUCCUCCAGGCUGCUGCACACGCCCAGAAGCAGCUGGGCUGUCCAGUCCUCAUCCACCCAGGCCGGAACAACGCCGCCCCCAAAGAGCUGAUCCGUAUCCUGCAGGAGGCGGGAGGAGACGUCUCCAAAACCACCAUGUGUCAUUUAGACAGGACUAUUUAUGACCCUGCUGAGCUGCUGGAGUUUGCUAAGCUGGGAAGCUACCUGGAGUACGACCUGUUUGGUACAGAAAUGCUGAACUACCCCUUUAAUCUGAAGGUAGACAUGCCGAGCGACAGCCAGAGGAUUCAGACCUUGGCGUUCCUGAUUAAAGAAGGCUACGAGGACAAGCUGCUUAUCGCUCAUGACAUCCACACCAAGAACCGCCUGACCAAAUACGGAGGCCACGGCUACUCCCACAUCCUGAACAACAUCGUGCCCAAAAUGCUCACCCGGGGUAUCACCCAAACCCAGGUGGACAAGAUCCUCAUACACAACCCCAAAGCUUUCCUAGCCUUCAAAUAGAUCCUCACACAGAUCUGACCUCAACCAAUCACAGAGUAGCAGACCGACCACCAGCCAAUCACAACUGUUUCCUAAAGUGCUUUAAUGACAAUCAGCUGCUUAUUAUAUUAGUUAUGUGACGUGUCUGUCUGUGUAGCAAAACCAAUAUUGAAGAUUUCUGAUUGGUGCUAAUAUUUCAAUAUUUUAUUGAUGGAUGGAUGGGUGGAGAGAUGGAUGGGUGGAGAGAUGGAUGGGUGGAGAGAUGGAGGGAUAAAUUGAUAGAUGGAUGGACAAAUAGAUAGAUGGAUGGAUGGAUAAAUGGUUAAAUGUAUGGAUGGAUGGAUGAAUAGAUAGAUGAUAACUAGGUGGAUAGAUGAAUAGAUAGAUAAAUGGAUGGAUGAAUAGAUGGAUGGGUGGAUGAAUAUACAGACAGACAGACAGACAGACAGAUAGAUAGAUAGAUAGAUGAAAACAAAGAGAUGGAUGGAUAAAUUGAUAUGUGGAUGGAUGGAUGAAUAGAUAGAUAGGUGGAUAGAUGGAUGGAUGAAAAGAUUUAUUGUCUAAUUAAUGGUAACCCUGACUUUUAGUGUAGCUGAGCAUUUACAAUAGACAGGGAUUGAAAUUCUAUAAUAUAUAUAUAUAUAUAUAUAUAUAUAUAUAUAUAUAUAUAUAUAUAUAUAUAUAUAUUAGCCAAAAACAGCAGAGGAAAACAAGCAAGCUAGCAUUAAGAGUAAUUACUAUAAAAAGAUCAAAUUACAGUUUUAAAUAAAUCAUUCAAAGCAAAGAAGCACGAUAAAUCAAACGAAAAAGAGAAGAAAAUUAAGUUAAAAUGAAUAACAGACAAAAACCAAAAAUACAGUACUAUUUAAAGUAAUAAGCACAUUUGAAUUUGAUUUAAUGUUACCCCUCAGAAAACAUCAGUAAAUGAUCUGCGUCUGAAACUGAAAUAUAUACUAAAUAUUGGUUUCUAUAAAAUAUUUUUUUCUAUAAACCUCCCUCUGUAUGAGCUGUGGCCUCUAGACCAGGGAGAUUUGUGUUUGUUUUAAUGACUGGAUUCAAACCUCAAAGGCUGUCCUUUUAAGUUUCUUGCCAAACAGGCAGUUAGACAGUCACUCCACUCUAGAGCUGUGAAACUACGGACAUUUCUAUGCCAAAAAAAGAAUAGAAAGGUAAAUUUUGCUUUAUUUUUAUGUCUUGUCAUUUAUGACACAGCUUUAACUGCUGCUCCUGAUCCUCAAGUGUGAAGAGAUCUUGGAUUUAAUCAACUAAAAAAUACGCUAUGAAUAAAAUAUAAAGUGUACAAAAGAAGUACAGUCUAAAACAAUGAUUUCACUUUGGCAAUACUGUGGAAAUUACAGUUUUGGACUUUUUUAUUAUGAUUUAUUAUGUUUAAUUGUAAUUUCUUAGGGAAAAGCUCGGCUUGAUUAAUUAGCAGCAGCUCAGUUCAAUAAAUCCAAAACUUUCCAGUCAAAUAUGGAACUUACUGAUUUGAUGAAUGAGACACCCUUAGAUUUCACACAAAUGCCUUCUGAUAAUCAUCUUCCUUUAUUCGGACCUCUAAUAAUAAUAAUGAGGACAUUCUUUAUCAAUAUUCAAAGCAAUGUUUUGUCAUUAACAAGCUGUAAUCGUUAUUCUUCCAAACAAGGACAAAAGCCUAAUUAAAACUGCGUAACAAUACGCUUUUGAUUGCACUGUGACUAACUAUGCACACUAACUGCAACAGAAAAAUAAACAAUGCUCAUCUUUUUGCAAAGCAAA